AUGUCACCGGAUCUUGCAUUGGAAAUACGUCUUCGAACGAUAGAAGCCAUCAUUUACGGUGUUCCCUCACAUUCCUCUUUAUCUUUCACAUCCACUUCCAACAUCGACUCUGAUCCUGGUAUCUCUCACUUAUCACCCACUGAACCUCAUAAAGAAGGAGAAAUAAGACUUACAGGAGAUCCGAAGUAUACUAGACAAGUAGAAAAAUCAUCUAUAAGUUUAACGAGAAGAAUCAAAGAUGUGAUGGAUGUUUUGGAACGUACUGGUGGACAUGAUGAUGGGAUUAAGAGGUUAUUAGAUGGAUACGAUCAAUAUCUUCCACUUCUACAACCAGGUUCAGAAGCUAUAAACUCAGAUUCGGAAUCAUUACCUGAUCAUACCAAGUUGAUCAUUGUUUUAGAAGCUUCUGAAGAUAUAAAAGAAUCAGAAAGAGGGUUGAGAGAAAUUGAUUUGUUAAUUUCGAAAGGUGUUGAUGGGUCUGGGGAAUUACAAAAAAUACUUCCACUCAAACCGGAAAUUGUAAACGCUCAAAAAUCUUCCAUUUCCCGAAUGGAAGAAUUACGAAAAGUAAGAGAAGAAGUGAAUAAUUUAUUGAGACGGUAUAGUACUUAUACAAAUACUGUUUCGGAAAUGUUCAUCGAGCUUCAUAAUAGGACACAAACUCUUGAAGAUGCCGUAACGAGGUUGGAGAGGAAGAAAAAGGAAGAAUUGGAAUCGAGAUAUUGA